AUGACAAUCCCCAUCGUGGAUUUCAAAGCAUGGUUCAGCACUGAAGAUGAAGCCGCCCGCCGACGGGUUGCACAAGAGCUUGUGGAAGCAUGUCAGCAAGUUGGCUUCGUUUACAUCAUCAAUCACUCUCUGCCCGAGCAUCUUCUCGACUCGACGUUUGACUGGAUGAGACGCUUGUUCGAGCUCCCGGAGGACAUUAAAAUGCAAGCACCUCAUCCUGAGGGGUGGGCAGUGCAUCGAGGGUACUCCUGGCCGGGCUUGGAGAAAGUUUCUCAGACUAUCAGCACUGGAGACGAUGAAGAGACACGGCAGAGGCUGAGAGAAGUGCCAGAUGUCAAGGAAAUCUAUGAUAUCGGAAGUGAAGAGAACACUGCUCAGCCAAACCAGUGGAUGCCCGAAGAGGCACUGGCGGGCUUUCGCAGCUCUAUGAAUCGGUUUUACUGGGAUUGUAACGGGGUGGGCAUCGAGGUUCUCCGCGCUCUUGCACUUGGCUUGAACCUGGACGAUGAGAAUCACUUGGUCAAAAAGCACUCAGGCCAUAACAAUCAGUUGCGACUUCUACACUAUCUACCGGUUCCAGCGGAUGAUCUUGAAAAAGAUCGGAUAGCUCGGUGUCCUGCACACACGGACUGGAGCUCAAUCACGAUGCUUUUCCAGGAUGAUUGCGGUGGCUUAGAGGUGGAAGACAUCUCCCAGCCGGGCAAUUUUGUCCCCGCUGCUCCUGUCAAGAAUGCAAUCGUCAUGAAUGUUGGAGAUUUCUUGCAGCGAUGGAGUAAUGACCGUCUUCGGUCUACUAAUCACCGGGUCAGACUCCCGCAGUUAUCCGAUCGUUUUGAGGGCAGUAAUCGUAUGACGCGCGAACGCUUUUCCAUUCCGUACUUCAUGGCUCCAGACCCUGAUUCGGUCAUCGAGUGCAUCCCAUCGUGCAUGAGGGAGGGUGAACCGGCCAAGUAUGAGCCGAUCACUCAAGAAGGUUACAAUCAGAUGCGGGCAUCGAUGAUGUAUUAG